AUGGCAAACCCCGACCGGGCGCUGACUGCGCUAGAGUGGCUGGCCAACGCGAGCAUACUGAUGAGAGGCCACAACCUGCUGUGGCCAAGCUAUCGCUUCAUGCCGCCGGCUGCCCAGGGGCUCGACGCAGCCCAGCUCGACGCCUUCAUCCGCGACCACUUCGCCAAUGAACUCAAUCCGACCAGGGGCCAGUGCUACCAAUGGGACGUCAUCAACGAACCCAAUUCCAACUACGACGUCCAAGUGGAUGGACUCCUCAGCAACCAGAGCAUUGUUGAAUACUACAAGCUGGCCCAGCAGCUGGCGCCCAGCGUGCCGCUCUUCCUCAACGACUUCAGCAUCCUGGCCAGCUACAACACCAUCCACUGCAACUACACCACAACCUACAUCCAGUGGCUUGUUGACCAAGACAACCAGAACGUUUUGGCGGGAAGCGAAAAAAACGGAGAAAUUCAGUUUUCGUUGUCUUUUCACAAAGCACAGUGA